GCCGUAUUUUUUUCCAAAUAAUUUUCUCGCCAUAUAAGUGCCUGGGUCUCCGCGCCAUUACUAGCACUUUCUUCUCUGCUCUGUACGGCAACCACCACCACUUAAAUCCCGAAAAUCUGAUCACUGAAAGGAUUAAAAAACUGAGAGAGAGAGAGAGAGAGAGAGAGAGAGAGAGAGAGUAAAAUCAUGGGGUUUCUGCAACUUGUUUUGGAUUAGUUUCUCCAUUCUCAUCAGAAAGAAAUGGGUGCCAUUUUAAUGGCCGACCUGUCAUUUGGGAUCCCUCCACGCUGUGCCAUUGUUCCUUCAGGUGCUAAUGGCAAACAUUCUACAGAUUUAUGUCUGGGAAAUCGUCCUGUAUUCUUCACAUCUACUGUCAGAAGAACAAAGAGAUUUUCGUCCACCGAACGGUUGAUUUAUAAAUCAAGAAGUAUUGUUUUCUCAAGUGUGGGUCAUUCUGAUGACACCGUCACUGAUUUGGUUAAUGACAGGAACGAUUAUUCAUCAGGAAAAAAUGAAGUGUUGGGGGUAGAAGAAGAUGAGCUAGUGGCAGCUAGAAAAGCUCUUUCUGAGGCUCAAGCUAGACAGAAAGCCAUUGAGAAGGAGAGAGAUAGGUUGCUUGAAGAGUUGGCCCGUUCUGAGGCCAAGCAGCAAGAAUAUGUUUCAACCAUAAUGCAUGACAAAGAACUGGCAGUUGCAGAACUUGAGGCAGCCAAGUCUUUGUUCCAUCAGAAGCUGAAACAAUCAGUGGAUGAGAAGUUCACCUUGGAAUCUAAGUUAGUCCUUGCUAAACAAGAUGCUGUUGAACUUGCUGUCCAAGUUGAAAAGUUAGCAGAGAUUGCAUUUCAGCAGGCUACAUCUCACAUACUGCAAGAUGCCCAGCUUAGGGUUUCAGCUGCAGAGACUUCUGCCGCUGAAGCAGCUUAUCAGAUAGAAAAGCAAAUUAGGGAUGCCACUGAAGGUGCAAUAUUUUCACUUGUUGAGCAGUCAAAAGAUGCAAUAGAGAAGGCCCUGGAUGUAGCAGAAAAAGCAGGUGAUCAUGCAACAAAAGCGGUGUCAUUAUAUACAGAUGGCGUAAACCCAGUUGAUGAGGUUGCUUCUGUACAAUCACAAUAUAUUAAGUUGCAAAGGGUUGUAAGUGAUUUAGAAUCUCAGUUAUUGCUUACUAGAAGUGAGAUUGAUAGGUUACAGCUGGAGUUGGAACAUGCCCGUGCACAAGCAAAUGCAUCUGAGGUUCGUGCCAAUAAUGCUGAGAAAGCAUUAUUAGAAUUUCAGGAGGUAAACAAGAAAAAGACUCUCCAGCAGGAGGAGGAAAUUAAGUCAUUGAUGGAGCAAAUGAAGAAAGAUGCAGCAGAAAGGAAAAAGGCUGCUUCAAAGGCUUUUAAGGCUGAGUUGCAAAGCAUCAGGGCUGCUAUUGAAGCUGCCAAAGAAGCAGCACGUUCUAAAGAUAAUGCCUACCAGAGAAGAUGUGAAGCACUGCAGAGAUCAUUAAGGGCAUCUGAAGCUGCCUCAAAGAUGUGGAGACAGAGAGCGGAAAUGGCCGAGUCACUAUUAUUGAAGGAAAGAUCCCUCAGUGAAGAGGAUGAAGAUUCCAUCUAUGUUGUUAAUGGUGGACGGUUAGACCUUCUGACAGAUGAUGAUUCACAGAAAUGGAAACUUCUAAGUGAUGGUCCUCGUAGAGAGAUACCUCAAUGGAUGGCAAGGAGGAUUCGCACUAUUCGUCCCAAGUUUCCACCAAGAAAGGUUGAUGUAGCUGAAGCCUUGACAUCAAAAUUCAGCUCUUUGGACUUGCCCAAAGUUGAUGAUGUAUGGUCCAUUGCCCAAGAAAAGCUGAAGGAAGGGGAUGCACUUAUUGACCAUGUGAUUGAGAAAGAAACAAUAGAGAAGAAACGAAAGAGUCUGGAGCGUGCCCUCCAAAGAAAGACUAUACAGUGGCAGAGGGCCCCAGAACAAAUAAAAGUGGAGCCGGGCACUGGAACUGGGAGAGAGAUUGUGAUUCAAGGUUUCAACUGGGAAAGCUGGAGAAGGCAGUGGUAUCUGGAGUUAGCUCCUAAAGCUGCUGAUUUAUCUAAAUCUGGGGUAACGGCAGUUUGGCUUCCUCCACCAACCGAAUCUGUGGCACCUCAAGGUUAUAUGCCUUCUGAUCUUUACAACUUGAACUCGGCAUAUGGUUCUGAAGAAGAACUUAAACACUGCAUUGAGGAAAUGCAUUCUCAAGAUCUUCUGGCCCUGGGAGAUGUUGUAUUAAAUCAUCGAUGUGCCCAUAAACAGAGUCCCAAUGGUGUUUGGAACAUUUUUGGUGGCAAGCUUGCUUGGGGGCCUGAAGCAAUUGUUUGUGAUGAUCCAAAUUUUCAAGGCCGUGGAAAUCCUUCAAGUGGUGAUAUAUUCCAUGCAGCACCAAACAUUGAUCAUUCUCAGGACUUUGUUAGAAGAGAUAUAAAGGAAUGGUUAAACUGGCUUCGAAAUUAUAUUGGUUUUGAUGGGUGGCGUCUUGACUUUGUAAGAGGCUUCUCGGGUACAUAUGUAAAAGAAUAUAUUGAGGCUUCAAAUCCUGCAUUUGCUAUUGGAGAAUAUUGGGACAGUUUAGGUUAUGAACAUGGUAACUUGUGCUACAAUCAAGAUGCUCAUCGGCAGCGGAUAGUAAAUUGGAUCAAUGCCACAGGUGGUACUUCAUCAGCAUUUGAUGUCACAACAAAGGGAAUACUCCACUCUGCUCUCCAUAACGAAUACUGGAGGCUGAUAGAUCCUCAAGGAAAACCUACUGGUGUUAUGGGAUGGUGGCCUUCACGUGCUGUCACAUUUUUAGAGAACCAUGACACCGGAUCAACACAGGGUCAUUGGCCGUUUCCACGAGAUAAGCUUGCUCAGGGAUAUGCAUACAUUUUGACACAUCCUGGAACGCCCGUGAUAUUCUAUGACCAUUUCUAUGAUUUUGGCUUACGGGAUAUAAUAACCGAGCUAAUUGAGGGUCGGAGAAGGGCCGGUAUCCAUUGCCGGAGCUCUGUGAAAAUAUACCAUGCAAACAAUGAAGGUUAUGUUGCACAGAUUGGUGAGAUGUUGGUAAUGAAGCUGGGGCAUUUUGACUGGAAUCCUUCCAAGGAAAAUCACUUGGAUGGAAGCUGGCAGAAGUUUGUUGAUAAAGGAUCAGAUUAUCAAUUAUGGUUAAGACAAUAGUUAAUUAGUGAAAAUUAGACUUUUAGUCUAGAUAAAUAAGCAAAAUAUUGGACUUUCCCUCCUUUGUAAUUUGUACUAAGCGGACAAAAAUUAGUAAUUAUUGACGUCCAAAAAAUAACAAUAAUUACCAGUAAACUAGAAUAGGAUAAGUUUUGAUUGUGUGUAGCCAACAAACACAAUCUUGUCUCUUUUAUAAUGUAUUGAAUUAUUGGUUAGGAUUUAGAGAAUCUAAUAAUACAGAAACAAGUACAAUCAUUGAACA